AUGGAUAUUCUCACAAUCCCGAAUUACCUGCUUUUGUUUUUCAUCAUGUAUUUCAUCCUCUACCUCAAUGCCUAUUUCAUCCUUUUCCGGACCUGGACCCGGAAGCUCCGACCCGAAGCUUCAAGCUGUAUUAUUUCUCUAGCUCACGGCACUCCAGCCGUGAUUCUAGCCUCCUACGCCAUAUUAUCUGACCCGACCCGAAACUUCGAUUCCCCGAACACCUCGUUUCAGAACCUUGUUCUUGAAUACAGCAUUGCCUAUUUCUUGAUGGAUCUUUUGCAUUACUUGGUGUUUUACCCAAGAGACAUGCUCUUCAUAGGCCACCAUAUGUGCACACUCUUCGUCUUCAUGACGUGUCGUUACGUGGUUUUCCAUGGUGCAUAUGCGAUCCUGAUGCUGUUGAUUCUUGCGGAGAUCACGAGCUUAUGCCAGAACGUGUGGACCUUGGCGAGUGCGCGGAGAUCGGAUGUGAAGUUUGCUGCCAGAGUGUAUGAUUUAUUGUCCCCUCCGUUCUAUGCUUUGUACUCUAUGAUGAGAGGUUUUGUGGGACCUUAUUUUGUUUAUCGAAUGUUUGUGUUUUAUCUGAGUGGGGUCGCGAAUAAUGUGAUACCUAAAUGGGUUUGGAUAUCAUGGAUAUCUGUUGUUGUGACGGCUAUUUCUGUUAGCAUAUUGUGGAUUUCAAAUCUAUGGAUUGAGUUGUACAGUGAAAGGAUGAAAAAAGUUGAAUCGAAAAAAAAAAAUAGAUAG